UUUGGGUCGUCGUCGUCUUCUAGGUCUUACAGUUUUGUGAAGAGUCUCUCUUAUUUUUUUUUAAUGUGUGUGUAAAAGAGAAAAAAAGUCUGAUACUUUGAAGCAUCAAUGGCGACGGAGUACGAGCGGAAGAGAUUGGAGAACAUAAGACGGAACGAUGAGAUGAUGGCUGCUCUCAAUGUCCGUGCCAAAGCUUCUUCUCUUCUCUCCGCCGCAACCGCAUCCAAACGCUCUCGAGACGAUAUUAUUAGUAAAUCAUAUAAGAAGAAGCCCAAACCUGAAACACCCGUCGUCGUUCGACAGUCACUACGCACCAGAGGAUUGAACCCUGAUUCCGGUGGCUUACCCAAUGGCUUCUCUGAUUAUCGUACACACACCACACUGUCUUCUUCUAGUAAGCAAUCGCCACGUUUAUUGGCUCCUCUGCCCUUUGAUUCCGCUUAUGAAGGUGAUGCUUCUUAUACCCAUUUGGUUGAUACUCUUUUGGGUAUUGCCGCCGCCAGUAGUAGUAAAGGCAAUUUGGUUAAGGGAGAAAUUGGAUCUGUUAAGGAUGAGAAGGAGUCUUCUUCUUCUACGGUGAGGACUAGGACUAGGAGUAGUUCUCGUGUUUCUAAAGAUUCUGUUAAAAAGGAAGAGCCAGAUGAUGAUUCCUUCUUCAGUGAUUGUGUUAAGGAUGAGAACGAGUCCUCUUCUAUGGUGAGGACUAGGAGUAGUUCUCGUGCUUCUAAAGUUUCUGUUAAAAAGGAAGAGCCUAAUGAUGAUUCCUUCUUCAGUGAUUGUGUUAAGGAUGAAUUUGGUUUUCCUGUUAAGUCUGAGAAGAUUGAGUUUGAUCAUGAUUUGUUGAGUUUAGAACCGCGUAAUGUAGCCCGUGUUGUGCCUGGGAGGAUUUUUUCUGUCGAGUUCUUACCUUGCGAGAAUGUUAAGAUGAUCGCUGCUGGUGACAAACUUGGGAAUGUUGGUUUUUGGAAUUUGGAUGGUGAGAGCGAGGAAGAUGGUGAUGGGAUAUAUCUAUUCACCCCUCACUCAGCACCGGUUUCAUCUAUUGUGUUUCAGCAAAACUCUUUAUCAAGGGUUAUUACCAGCUGCUAUAAUGGUCUCAUCCGGUUGAUGGAUGUCGAGAAGUCGGUUUUUGAUCUGGUUUAUUCCACGGACGAACCUAUAUAUUCACUCUCGCAGAGACCAAAUGAUGAGCAAAGCUUAUACUUUGGUGAGGAUCAUGGAAUGUUCAAUAUAUGGGACCUCCGAGCAGGAAAAUCAGUUUUCCAUUGGGAGUUACAUGAACACAGGAUUAACUCUGUAGACUUCAACCCGCAAAAUCCCCAUAUUAUGGCUACAAGCUCCUCAGAUGGAACUGCUUGCCUCUGGGACUUGAGAAGCAUGGGAUCCCAAAAACCGAAAACAUUGACUACUUUAAAUCAUUCUAGGGCUGUGCACUCUGCUUAUUUCUCACCUUCUGGCCUUUCACUUGCAACUACAAGCCUUGACGACAACAUUGGUAUUCUAAGCGGCAUCAAUUUUGAGAAUACUUCCAUGAUAUAUCACAAUAAUAAUACCAGCAGGUGGAUCUCCAAAUUCAAGGGAGUGUGGGGGUGGGAUGAUUCACACAUCUAUGUCGGCAAUUUGUCAAGGAAGAUUGAUGUGAUAAAUCCAAAACUAAAGCGAACAGUGAUGGAACUGCAAAACCCUCUGAUGAAAGCUAUACCGUGCAGAAUCCAUUGUCAUCCUCGUAAUGUUGGGACGCUUGCAGGAGCCACAGGUGGAGGACAAGUCUAUGUUUGGACAGCAAAGUUGUAGCACACUUUUGACCAUUUUCAAUCAGCAUGACAUGUUUGUGUUGUUUUUUUGGUUGGUUCUCUUACAGAAAUGCAUAAAGACUAGUAGACUUGAGUUUAUUAUGUU